GUAUUGUAUUACGUGGUCGCGUGCGUCGACGUGCGGUUUGGUCGGCGCUCCUAUCCACGCAACAGUUUUGUACACGCUCAAGCAAAGCUCAUCAAACUAAAAAUGUCGGCGUCUAUUUCCCCUACUGAUGUGCCUAGUCCCUACACGAUACCCCCUCCUUCAGUCCCGCCCCCGGAGGAGCCCAAUUCGUCGCUUCCUCCUAUUCCCCUUCUGCUCCUGGAUCACUCAAAGUCACUCUCUCCCGCAACGAAGCCCGAGUUCCUGUAUUGGCUGCGAAUGGCCAUUCUCUAUCACGGUAGCUUUUACCUUACGAAUACAGGCAUCCCGGAAGAGCUCACGGACCAGAUGGCCAAGUCCGCAGAGGAACUUUUUAACAUCGGUGAUGACGAAAAAGGAAAAUGUUCCGUAAAUCAUAGUUCUGGCUUCCUUGGUUGGUGCGGGAUCGUUGACGGAGAGUGUAGAGAGACAUGGGAGUUUGGGCCUGACUUGGAUGGUAAACAGGCUUCGUCAAACGCGCCCUUAUAUGCUCGUCUUCGCUACGCGCCCAAUCAGUAUCCUUCGGAGGCCGCUCUUCCAAACUUCAAGGGAAUGCUCAAAGGAUAUAACAAGUUUUUGACAGACUUGGCAUUUAUGUACAACGAAUUGAUUCUUGAAGCCCUUGGAGUGCCAACCGGAGCUUUUGAUGGGUACUUUGAUGAGGAAGCGAAGCUGGGUGGAAGGAUUAAGUUUUCCAGGUACUUCCGCGGUGAAGAUCCGAAGCAAUACGGUGAAGCCCCAUACCGCGAUGCGUGGCUCUCGUUCCUUAUGUUUGCAAAUGAUGUGCCAGGUGUCGAGAUGCUCUCGGAAAAACGCCAAACCCUGACUCUUCCCCCGCUUCCGUCCACCCUUCUUGUCCAAACCGGCACGGCUCUAUCCUUUGCGACCCAUCAUGCGGUCCUUUCUUUACCUCAUCGGGUACUACAGCCUCCACCCGACGCCCCCGACGCGUUGACAAUCCGAUACGCGAUGCAGCUUCGACCAAACUUGCCGUAUGACGAUAUUUUGAAGGGUAUUGAAGGGGCCGAGAACAUGAACGAGGAAGCAAAACGGGUUCGUGAUCAGAGAAGAGAAAGGAGGAAGCGCGGAUUUGAAGCCGUUAGAAAGGUCGUGGCGGGCAUUAGGGCUUUCAAAGGAACCGGCAAAGCAACUGAAUCUACGUCGAAGGAAGCAUCAAAGUUAGAAACUGUAGGAGAUGCAGAUUUGUAUCGUCGCAUCAAAUCGCGCCCCACGGUUGGCAAGAAGUGGUACCCAGAAAUAAGUGUUGAAUCCGUGCCUGCAUCAUCGUAGGCCGCCAGCAUCAACUACUUCACUUAUAACUUUGAUAUUACCAAUGUGGUUCAGUUCGUUCGUUGGAAGUUCGCUCUUUUGCCGUCUAUUGUUGUGCGCUGAUUUACCGUUCUUUUUCUCACACUGUCUUGGAUAUGUGUAAAAAUGGAAGUGGUGAUACAUGGAGCGAUUCUCAAAGGAUACUUAUAAAAAACCCCCUGUUAUUCAAUAACAAUAGAGUACAUUCCCUAGUUUGCUUCGAAAAUCAGAAGCGGGAUUGAUACGAUAGUGGGGGUUUCUCAUUGUCAAUCCAGCGCACUGCACUAAACAUAUUUACAUUAUCGUUUGCA